GAGUGUGCAGGCCUUCAGAUUGGUUCUGUGUGUGCAUCUGGAAAGGAGCACCUCCCUGCUGGAAUACAGAUUGAGUGCUUGGAGUGCUCUGGACAUGAUCUGUACAUUGGCAGCAGUGAUAGCUGCAUUCACCAUCUUCUGCUGGUGGAAGAAAAUGGCACGGAGUCAGCUGGACUUUCACUGGGUCAGCAGUCAGAUUAUCCUAACACUAGUUUUACUACCAGCCGACAAAACCAGAGACAGCUAGGUGUGAAGAAGCCUAUAUGUGAAAUGAGAGCCGCCUCUGCCCUUGACCGGUUACUUGUUCUGUGUGAUAAUACAAUUUUUUUGCUGUGCAGUGACUCUCUUGAGCCAGUACCAGGGACUAAGAUCAGGGGUGUUCUUAGCUUCACCCUGAAUGAGAAUCCAGUAAGCGGAGACCCAUUCAGUGUAGAGGUCUGCUUGAUCUCCUCCAAGAAACGAACAGUGCAGAUCUUCAGUGUGGGACAGGAACGGGUACAGAUAGUUCGAGAAGUGGCUACACCUGAACAGCCAUGUUCUCUUGCUGCUGAUGGAUAUUAUCUGUGCCUGGCACUCAGCAGUCGAUAUGUCAUUCUAAAUUAUAAUACAGGGCACUGCCAGGAUCUCUUUCCUUAUCCCAGCGAACAGAAGAAACCAAUUAUUAAGAGAAUCAGCAGACAGGAGUUUCUGUUGGCAGGACCUGGAGGAUUAGGUAUGUUUGCCACAGUAGCAGGGAUUUCCCAGCGUGCUCCAGUUCGUUGGUCUGAAAAUGUAAUUGGAGCUGCAGUGUCUUUCCCUUAUGUGCUGGCUUUAGAUGAAGAAUUCAUCACAGUGCACAGCAUGCUGGACCAACAGCAGAAACAAAGCCUGCCCUUCAAAGAAGGAGUUAUCCUGCAGGAUUUUGAAGGGCGAGUGAUUGUAGCAACUACAAAUGGAGUGCAUGUUUUAAUUCCCCUACCUUUGGAGAAACAGAUUCAGGAUCUGCUAUCAAACCAGAGAGUAGAAGAAGCACUUGUGCUAGCUAAAGGAGCACGACGCAAUCUUCCAAAGGAGAAAUUUCAGGUUAUGUACAGAAGAAUCCUGCAACAGGCUGGAUUUAUACAGUUUGCUCAGCUUCAAUUUUUAGAAGCAAAAGAAUUAUUCAGAACUAGUCACCUAGAUAUCCGGGAGUUGAUUUCUCUCUAUCCUCUCCUGCUGCCAUCAUCCUCUGGAUUUAUCCGCGCACAUCCACCCCUGCACGAAUAUGCAGAUCUUAAUCAGCUCACCCGAGGAGACCAGGAAAAGGUUUCCAAGUGCAAACGUUUCCUCAUGUCUUACUUAAGCGAAAUCCGCAGCACCGAGGUGGCUAAUGGCUAUCAGCAGGAUGUGGACACGGCCUUGCUUGAAACUUUACGCAGAGGCAGAUCAUGAGAGCCUGCUUGAUCUGCUGGUGUCGGACAAUGCUUGUGAAGUGGGAGAUUGUGCAGCUUGGCUGGAAAAGCACAAAAAGUAUUUUGCACUUGGCCUACUGUAUCAUUAUAACAAGCAGGAUGCUGCUGCUCUUCAGAUCUGGGUAAGAAUUGUGAAUGGUGACCUGGAAGACAACACUCGGACAGACCUGUUUGAGUAUGUGGUAGACUUUCUGACCUUCUCCAAAGACCAGCAGUUGGUGUGGCAGUAUGUGGAUUGGGUUUUGCAGAAAAGUGAGCAGAUUGGGGUCCAGAUCUUCACAAAACGUUCUUUAGACGAACAGUUGCAGAAUGGCUUCUGUCCAGAUAAAAUUGUGAGCCACCUGUGCAAGUACCAGCGGGCUUUGCUCCUCUACUUGGAACAUUUAGUCAUGGAUAAGAUGAUCCAGAAGGAAAAGUACCACACACACUUGGCUGUGCUAUACCUGGAAGAAAUCUUAAGACUAAAAUCUAUGGACGACUCUGACCACACUGAACUGGAGAAGCUGCAUCAGAGAUUUCAGAAUUUUCUGCGGCAGUCAGAUCUUUACCGAGUCCUCUUCCUCUUAGAUAAAAUCAAAGGCACAAAUAUGCAUAUGGAGCGAGCAAUAUUACACGGGAAACUGGAAGAGCACGAUCAAGCAUUGGAUAUCUUAGUUCAUCAUUUAAAAGACUUUUCUGCAGCUGAGAGUUAUUGUGUGUGGAACUCUGAGGGUAGGGAUGCUCCUUAUCGCAAGAGUCUAUUUCAGCUCCUUCUUUCCUCCUACCUCAGUCCGUCCACACCUGGCAACCCUUUGACAGUGGCUGCUGUAGACUUAUUGAACAACCACCCCACUGAAUUUGAUGCUGCCACUGUUUUGCAGCUGUUACCAGAGGAAUGGUCUGUGCAGCUGCUCUCUCCAUUCCUGGCAGGGGCCAUGAGGGAGCACGUUCAUGCUUUAAGGAUGUCACAGAUGGCAGUAGGAUUGGCAAGGGCAGAGAACAUCAUCUAUAAAAAGGAGAAGUUAAGCAUGAAGGAAAAGCCAGUAAUUCUGUCAGAGAAGAAGCUUUGCCACCUGUGCCGGAAGCCAUUCCAAGAACCCGUAUUUGCUAGACAGCCCAACGGUCAAAUUGUUCAUACCCACUGUGCUACCAACCAACAUGUCAACAGCAGCAUUGACCAUGUGCCCAGUCAAAGUAAAAGAACAUGA